AUGUCUCAGCUUAUGAAUUAUCAUGGGGCAACCAACUCUUACCUGGGCGUAAGCCCUAUUAAGCUUUUCGCCCCAGAUUUAAAUGAUCAUGCAGAGUUUGAGAGGAGGAAUAUGGAACAACCUAAACAAUCAGUGGCCAUCGCUUCACCAACCUCCAGGCUCUUUAACAACAACGCCAUACAUGAGUUCGAUAGCGACAAUGACGAUAGUGAGUUCAGCGAUGAUCACCGCCGCGCACGCUCACUUUCUCGCCGUAGUGAUGGUUUCUUCUCAGACGUGUUUGAUCCUUUCUCCCCAGCGAGGAACCUGAGCCAAGUCCUGAACAUGAUGAAUCAAUUCAUGGAGAAUCCAUUUGUGGCUGUAUCGCGUGGCAUGGGAGGGGGUCUACACCGAAGCCGGAGCGCUAAGGAAACGAAAGACGCCUUGAACCGUCGAAUUGACAUGUCUGGGCUCGGGAAAGAGGAUGUCAAAGUGUCCUUGGAAUAG